GAGCCCUUCCUUUUGCAGGCUGGCUGUGAUGGUAAGAGUAUUGGAAAUUGCCAUUUUCUCAGCGUCUCUUUAUGAUUCUCUGGCUAAAGGGCGUUAUAUUUAAUGUGACAACAGUGGACUUGAAAAGGAAGCCCACGGACCUGCAGAACUUGGCUCCCAGCACUAACCCACCUUUCAUGACUUUUGACGGUAAAGUCAAGACAGACGUGAAUAAGAUCGAGGAGUUCUUGGAGGAGAAAUUGGCUCCCCCAAGGUACCCUGAGCUGGGGACCCAGCACCCUGAGUCUAACUCUGCCGGAAAUGAUGUGUUUGCCAAGUUUUCAGCAUUUAUAAAAAACACCAAGAAGGAUGCAAACGAGAUUUGUGAAAGGAACCUGUUAAAGGCCCUGAAGAAGCUGGAUAGUUAUCUGAACAGACCCCUGCCUGAUGAGAUAGAUGCCUACAGCACCGAGGAAGCUGCUGUUUCUGGAAGGAAGUUCCUGGAUGGCAAUGUGCUCACGCUGGCUGACUGCAACCUCUUACCCAAGCUCCACAUUAUUAAGAUCGUGGCCAAGAGAUACAAAGAUUUUGAAUUUCCUUCUGAAAUGACUGGCAUCUGGAGGUACUUGAACAAUGCGUAUGCUCGGGAUGAAUACACAAACACAUGUCCCGCUGACCAGGAGAUUGAACACGCAUAUUCAGAUGUUGCCAAAAGAAUGAAGUGA